AACGCGUUCAGCAUAGGUAUUUGAAGGAAGUGGAAAUCUUCACAUGAAAGGAUGGAACAAUGGAAUAGUGGUAUAAUAAGAUCAAAAAAGCCAAAGCUUGACAAGUGCCUGGGAUGGUCCGCAUGAUCUAGAAAUAGCCGUUCAUUCAGGAAAAGCCAAGAUGUGCUUGAAGAAUUCAAAGCCACUGAUGUGCCACAAAGCUUUCGCCGAGAUACCAGAUAUAUGCGAACACAUGGAACCCAAAUGUCCGAUGGAACCUGGUCGCGUUUACACUUAUAACUAUUUAUAUCAGACGCCAAAUAUAUCGGUGAGAGGCGUACCAGUCUACAAACUUUACGAUGAAAAAUGUAACAUGAUUGCAUGCGUUGAACUAGUUGGUGAAAUACGUUCAUCCAAUAAGAACAUAUCCCAACUGACGGAGAUGGACGACUCACAGCCGUGUAAAGACUGAAGCGAAG